UUUUUGUUGAAGGUGCACGGAGAAGACGCGCCAUCGAGCUGCGACCUAUCGCCAUCCAGGAACGUUGCCACUACUGUGGUAGUAUGACCAAGGAAACAACAUGCAAAGUGCUCUGUGUGGAUGCCAUAUGUACCCAGCAGGAAAGCGGUAUAUGCAUCUCGUACGCAUUGUUCGACGGCACUCCUGGCGACGAGAAUGCUACGGGGGAUCUGGAAUCGUUGCUUGAAAUGGAUGUGGAUAUCUAUGGCGAACAAGACCAGCAUCUUGGCUUUGAUCCAUGCGUGUCGCUCGAAACACUGGCCUUACAAAGCCCGCAUGGAAGCAACACGAACGAAAAGACAUGGAACGAAGAAGGAGAAAACAACGACGUCGCCCCCAUCGACUCCACAGCGGACACCGCCAAACAAGACCGGCGGCGGCUCUCGUUAAGGAAAGAGCUGUUCCAACACAGAAUAAAAGCCCAAGAUCUGUCAUCCCCGGGGCCAAAGUCUGAAAACGACGGCAUGACUGUAUGUCGACCGUGUUACGAACAGCCCGAAUACGACUUGGCCUCUCCCCUCGCCCUUCCUCCGUCGCCGACGUCAUUCUAUGAGCCCGACGAAACCCUAGACAUCGAUGGAGAGUCAAAUAGCAAUCAAGAUGACGCCAGGCCUGACCCCAUGUUGUCCAAGGCCAGUACAAAACUCAUUCGAGGACGCAAAGUCAAGCACGGAGGCAUAUACUCGCUAUUGCUCAAGGGUCUCAAACGCACCGACGACUACAACGAUUCGGCUGUGCUCGUUGACUCUGCCAAAGAAAAUAUUAUGGCCAAGAACCAUGCGUACGUCACCCUCACGACGGACGCGGCAGGGGAAGUCGCCGAAGCAGCAGCACACACGCCAUCCAAGCGCAUGUCCCCGUCGCCGUCCAAAAUGCAAGUUCGACAUGGUGGCAUUUACCGCAUGCUUCGCGAGAAAACGUAGCAAUAGGACUAACAUUUCAUUCAUUCCAUCGAAAUGACUCCUCC